ACCUCCAUCGCCCUCUCACCUCCACUUCCAUCUCAUCUCCACUUCCAUCGCCAUGCGUCUGUCUGUCUCCGUUGCCGCUGCCUCGCUGCUCCUGUCGUCGGCCGUGACCAGCGCCCUCAACCUGGCCCAGGCUCUCAAGGCCGACAAGGAUCUGCAAAAGGUUGCUGCUCUCAACAUUCCCCAGUGGUCGCAGACCGGCAACGUCUCGUACGUCGUCUGCGCUCCCACCGACUCCAACAUCACGGCCUCGACCGACCCCAAGCUUCUGGGCUCGCUGACCUUCCCGGGCGCCCCCACCACUGGCGAGGCCUGGCACUACCAGAUCGUCACCGAUGUCUCUGGCACCAACACUCUCGUCUGGGACAACUACGACACCACCUCCAUCACCACCCCGGGCAUCAUCCACUUGCGCACCGGCACCGGCACCUCGGUGAACGUCCGCAACAUCCAAGCCGACAACGGCCUCAUUAUUGUCGUCGACAAGCCCAUCCCUCUCCUCCAGAAGCCCUCCACCACCCUGAGCUACCUGAGCUCGGUCAACACCGACGCCACCCUGGUUACCAACAGCUUCAUUAAGGCUGUUGCUUCGGCCGGCCUCACCGACAACUUGGACGCUCUUACCGGAUACAUGAUUCUGGCUCCCUCCGACUCGGCCUUUGCGGCCGUCCAGUCUCAGGUCUCCGCCCUCACUCCCGCCCAACUGAAGAACGUCUUGGCCUACCACCUGGUGCCCAAGGUCAUGUACUCGACCAACUACAACCCCGGCAUCCUGCCCACCCUGAACGGCCAGACCCUCGACGUCACCGUCGAUGCCAACGGACCCGUCUACAACGGCAAGGGCCACCACACUCUGGCCGACACCACCACCACCGCCGGUGUCAUUCACAUCAUCUCUGCUGUCCUGAUCCCGUCCAACCUCGACUCCUUCAACGGCACCUGGCCGACCCCCGUUACCCCUUCGUCCUCUGCCGCUCCUGCCGCCUCUGGCACCGCUGCUUCUCAGACCGCCUCUGCUGGUGGUGCCUCCACGGCCACUCCCAAGAGCGCCGCGGGCUCGGUUGCCGCCAGUGGCCUUGUGACCCUCGCCGUGGGUGCUCUGGCUGCUUGGAUCGCCCUCUGAGCACCAUCUCUCUCUCUUCUAUCGCCGUCUCUAUGUGGGGCGCCAUCCAUCUUAGAUAGAAUCCCUCACUCUAUUCGCAGCACUCACAAAAAUGACCCGCCGCCACUUUUAGGGCGGUGAAAUACACAUGAUCACCCAUCA